AUGCCCUCCAGCCCCACCGCCACCGGCCCUUCCCCAGACUGGAGCAGUCCGGCCUUGAGGGAGAUGAAGCCCAAGGACCAGCCGCUCGUGGUAGCGCUUCGGAUCCGCCCUCUCAGUGACACAGAACAGGACGAAGGGGCCACUGUCAUUGCUCACAAAGUGGGGGACCAGAUGGUGGUGCUCAUGGACCCCGGUGAGGACCCUGAGGACACACUGCGUGCACACCGAUCGAGGGAGAAGACCUUCAUUUUCGACACCGUUUUUGACCAGCAUGUGUCACAGGAAGACGUGUACCGUGCCACCACCCAGCACCUAGUGGAAGGUGUCGUUUCUGGAUACAACGCGACGGUGUUUGCCUACGGCCCCUCAGGCGCGGGGAAGACGUACACCAUGCUGGGCGUGGACACGGAGCCCGGCGUCUACCUGCGGGCCCUCAGCGACCUGUUCCGGGCCAUCGAGACGCGAGGCAGCGCCAACUGCAGUGUGUCCGUGUCUUACCUGGAGAUUUACAAUGAGGUGAUCCGGGACCUCCUGAACCCAUCCUCGGGGUGCCUGGAGCUGAGGGAAGAUUCUCGGGGCAGCGUCCAGAUCCCAGGCAUCAUGGAGGUCUCCACCUCUAACGUGCAAGAGAUCACGCAGCUCCUCACCAAGGGCAACCGUCAGCGCACGCAGGAGCCCACAGCUGCCAACAAGACAUCCUCUCGCUCCCACGCCGUGCUGCAGGUCACCGUGCGGCAGUGGAGCUGCGGCCCCCACUUGGCCGAGGAAGUGAGCGUUGGGAAGCUGUUCAUGGUGGACCUGGCAGGCUCCGAGCGGGCAUCGCAGACCCAGAACCGCGGCAGGAGGAUGAAGGAAGGCUCCCACAUCAACCGCUCCCUCCUGGCGCUGGGCAACUGCAUCAAUGCGCUCAGCGAGAAGGGCGGCAGCCGGGCGCAGUACGUGAACUUCCGGGACAGCAAGCUCACGCGCCUGCUGAAGGACGCCCUGGGAGGGAACAGCUGGACGGUAAUGGUGGCGCACAUCAGCCCGGCCAGCACGCACUUUGAGGAGUCUCGUAGCACCCUGCUGUAUGCCUGCAGGGCCAGGAACAUCAAGACGAGGGUGAAGCGCAACCUGCUGAGCGUGUCCUACCACAUCCAACAGCACACGGACGGCAUCUCCAGCCUGCACAGGGAGAUCCAGCACCUCAAGUCCAAAAUCGAGAAGCAGGAGGAGGAGAAGAGAGGGGAGCCCGGCGUCCGGGACGCACCAGUCAAGAUCACUGCCCAUGAUGGAGAGGGCAGUCGCCGGCAGAUGAACAAGGUCCGGGCACAGCUCAUAGGGGCCUUCAAGGAGCAGUUGAAGAUGCGGCGCAGCCUGGUGGAGCUGGAGAACACCAACAUGCAGCUGCACAUUGACCUGUCCCGCCACCUGCUGACCAUUGCAGACUGGGAGUGGGAGAAGACCCAGCACCUCGCGCACGGGGCCCAGAUGGCGGAGAGGAACGAGCCGGCAGAGGCCAACGAGGACGGGCACGAGAGCGAGUCCGAGGAGCCGCAUGAAGUGGCCCUGGCCAGAGAGGAGGUCAGCUUGCUUCUGGCUGAGCAGAGGAGAGCUGCGGCCCUCAAGGCGGGGCUGGAGCAACGUCUGGCCAGCGCCAAGGAGCAGGCCUUGCAGCUGGAGGAGCUGCUGCCGGCAUGGGCCCACGAGCUGGACGUGGGGAACACGGAGCUGCAGGGUGACAGCGUGUGCCGACAGAGCCUGCUGCGCCAGAAGGACCCCGUGGCCCGGCGCCACCACCAGCACCGGCUGCUGUGUGAGCAGCUCCCCCGGGACCAGUGGCAGCGGAUCAAGGGCGGUGGCCUCGUGGAACCCAGGUCCCGGGACAAGCGGUGCCAUCUGCCCUUGGGGGAGCUGAACUGUCUGCGGCUGCUGAACUCGGUCACGUCCAACUCCCUUCGGGACGGCUCAGUUCUGAGUAAGUCCCCUGCACUGCCGGAGGAGGCUAGCCGGGACUGGCCGGACGACAGGCAAGACCCCCCUUGGGGCGCCCAGUUGGAGCUGCCAACGAUGCUGCUGGAGGCAGACAGCGGUGGCCACAACUCAUCACAAGCCACACCAUCGAAAACGCUGGCAAAGCAGGACUUGCUUCUCCCCCCACCACCCCUCUGCACCCUGCUGACCCCCCCAGCUCACGAGCACUUGAGCCCCUGGAGUGUGAAGAAUUCAGUCUCCAAGCCGGGCGCCCCCGCUGGCCUGGACCUGGGUGCCUCGCGGACAGCGGCAGAGGUGGGCGGCCUGGCCCUGAGUGCUCGGGCCCUCGAGGAGAUGGCCGUGAGCACCAGGGGCAUCGCUCUCAUCGCGGCCACCCGGCGCUCAAAGGUGCAGGACCCCGAGAGUCGCAGCAGCCGCUCCUCCCUCCACCUCCCCGAGGACGUGGCCCUGGACUCCCGGGCCCCAAGCCCCGCGGACAGGUGGUGGCUCCACUCCGGCAUGGGCCGGGACCACUCUGCAGAGAGGAAGGCCAGGAGGACCUGGUCGCCCUCGCUCAUCGGGAGUGUGCGGUCGGUGACGGAGAACCUUCAGCCUCUCUCCGUGGAGCAUGUGGCAGAGAGCCAGCCACCCCCUGUGUCCCUCCCACUCACAAAGCCAUCCGGAAAGAGCUUCCUCCCUGCCAUCUGCACGGCCUCCAAGAAAAAGGCCAGCCCCAGCCUCCAUGCAGACGAGAAGACGCUACAGGUGCCCGAGGUCAGUCUCACCCUCCCCAGCGCCCCCUGGCAGAGCAGCCCGGGCCCCCGCAGGACCCCACUGGCACCCCAGGACAUCCAAGAAGCCAUGCUUGCCUGGUGGCUGCUUAGUGGGAUGGCCAGCACAGACCUAGAUUGUGAGCAAAGCCACACCACCCUGGUGCUUUCAUCUAAAACCACCAGUGCUUGUUACCUGUAG